GAAGUCAGUUAACAAUUUUCAACAAUCCCUUCUUUGUUUUAAAGAAAGCUCUGGUUUUGUUUCAUUUUCAUCUGGAGACUUAAAUGACACCAAGCAAAGCCUACUUAGUUUAGAUUUCCAGGAAUCAAAUAGUGAAAAAGCAAGCAUGAAGUUUUCAAGCUUGUAUUGUUUUCUUCUGCUUCUCGUUAUUCAAACUGACUUUGGACAAAAUGAAGAAACUUCUAGGAAGGAAAGAAGGAAGAUGUAUUAUAGAAGACAGAGAAAAAGUUCCUCGCCCAUCCACAGAUCCAGUAGACAGCUUGGAAUUCAGCAAAUGAGGAUAGUUACACCAGCAGCAACACUUCCCGUGGUUAACUUGGAUUAUAGUACGGAGGAAAAGUUUGAAUCCUUUUUAAGAUUUCCCGGAGUAGAAGCAAGCUAUAAUGUGUUACCAGGAAAGAAAGGACACUGUUUGGCAAAUGGGAUGAUCAUGUAUAACAAAGCUGUAUGGUCUCCUGAGCCCUGUACUACCUGCCUCUGCUCGAAUGGAAGAGUCCUUUGUGAUGAGACCAAGUGCCACCCUCAGAUGUGCCCCCAAACAGUUACACCUGAAGGAGAAUGCUGCCCCGUCUGCUCUGAUACUGUAGCCUCCUAUUUGCUACUCAGUAGUAUAGCAUUAAAUGACAGAACUGAAUUUUCUGGUGAUUCUUCAGAACAAAGAGAACCUACCAGUUUACUUCAUAAGCAACAGCCAUCUCCUUGGGUGGAAAUGCAUCAAGCACUGAGAAAAGAGGAACUUCAAUUUGAGGAGGAAGAAGAAAUUAAACAAGAUGAAGAUAGGGAGCAAAAGGAAAAGAUCCCUAGACCUGGAGAUUGGGGGAGACCUCCCAAUGAGCGACAGAGCAGAGAAGGGGGAGAGCAGAGACCUGGAGAGAAGGGGAGGCAGGCCCAUCAACACAGAAACCCAGCAAGGGAGAAUGAGAAUGAGGAUGAGGACGAGGAUGAGGACGAGGACGAGGACGAGGAUGAUGAUGACGCCGUCAGAGGAGAUAUGUUCAGGAUGCCCUCUCAACUCCCAAUCCCAGCUACCCCCAGGGGCAUACCACCUCUGCCAAGCAGGUGCUCUCUGUCAUACAAAACUAUCUCCUGUAUCAGCGCCGACCUCACACAAAUACCACCGCUAACAGCACCAGAGAUAACAAGUCUGGAGCUCAUAGGCAAUUCUAUCACCUCCAUUCCGGAUGAAGCAUUUAAUGGAUUACCGAAUUUGGAAAGGCUUGAUCUGAGCAGAAAUAAUAUCACCUCUUCAGGCAUAGGUCCAAAAGCAUUCAAGCUUCUAAAGAAGUUAAUGCGCCUGAAUAUGGAUGGAAACAAUUUGGUAGCGAUUCCUUCAGAACUACCAUCUACAUUAGAAGAACUUAAAAUCAAUGAGAACAAUCUUCAGGUUAUUGAUGAAGAAAGUUUAUCAGACUUAAAUCAAUUGGCCACCUUAGAAUUGGAAGGAAACAGUCUCAGUGAAACUAAUGUCAAUUCUUUAGCUUUCAAACCUUUGAAGAGCCUAUCCUACCUGCGUCUGGGAAGAAAUAAAUUUAGAAUUAUACCACAGGGUCUUCCUGCUUCUAUUGAGGAAUUAUACCUAGAAAAUAACCAAAUUGAAGAAAUAACUGAAAUUUCUUUUAAUCAUACCAGAAAGAUCAAUGUCAUUGUACUACGUUAUAAUAAAAUUGAAGAAAAUAGAAUUGCUUCUUUAGCCUGGAUAAAUCAAGAAAAUCUAGAAUCAAUUGACCUCUCCUACAACAAGCUCUACCACGUCCCCUCCUAUCUACCCAAGUCGCUGCUGCACCUUGUGCUCAUCGGCAACCAGAUAGAGCGCAUCCCUGGCUUUGUGUUUGGUCACAUGGAACCAGGCCUGGAAUACCUGUACCUGUCAUUUAAUAAACUUGUGGAUGAUGGCAUAGACCAAGUUUCCUUCUAUGGGGCUUAUCAUUCUCUGCGAGAGCUGUUUCUGGAUCAUAAUGAAUUAAAAUCUAUGCCACCUGGGGUACCAGAAAUGAAAGCACUACAUUUUCUGAGAUUGAACAACAACAAGAUACGGAAUAUUCUUCCAGAACAAAUUUGCAAUUCUGAAGAAGAUGGUGAUUCAACCCUGGAACAUCUUCAUCUUGAAAACAACUAUAUUAAAACAAGAGAAAUAUCACCCUACGCAUUUUCAUGCAUAAGAUCAUAUUCAAGUGUCGUUCUUAAACCACAAAAUAUCAAGUAAUUCCACGUUUUUCUUUGUCAUUUGUAAAUUAUACUCACAUAUCUGUUUCAGUAGCAUCUUUCAUCAAUAAGAGAGAUAUAAUGUCAUGUUAUACUUAGUAUCAUUAUGCUAGCCAACCUGAUUCGCCAAUGCACAUAAGAACAACCAAAGACAUAUCUACAAGGUUUAGUCUUCUAGCAGUUUUAGUGAAGGUUUCAGUUUUACACUCUAGAAAGAGGCCAUCUCAUUGCACAGUUUUCUCAUGAGAAUAGGAUGUUGUGUGCUACUGAACUAGACUGGAAGAAUCUGGAACAAAAUAAGCAUGUCCUUUACAACAGAUCUUAGUAUUGCUAUUAGCUAAGAACUCCCUAAGUCCUUUUAAAAAUUAUGUAUAUUAUGGUUCAAGACCAAGAAGUUGAUAACAGGAAAAAAUAAUAGGUAGAAUUUAUGAACUAGUGUUCUGUUUAUUAUCCUACUGUUAAAGCAAUAAUUUAUUAAUUUUCUAUAAGACCCUAUGAUACAAUUACUGGUAUAAAUAAACUUAAUUAUUGUCUUAGCUUUAGUUCCUUUUAUUAAUUAUAUGUGUGGAAUUGAAACACUACUAUAAAGUUAAUUUCCUGGUUUUGAGAAUUGUACUAUGGCUAAGUAUGUGGUUAUUAACAUUAGGGGAAGCUGGGAGAAGUGUAUAUGUGAAUUCUAUAUGAUUUUUGUAAUUUUUCUGUAAGUCUAAAAUUUCUCUGUAAGUCUAAAAAGUUUAACAGUAUUUUAAGAUCACCCUCAUUAUUCUUUGCUCAAGAUCAAAAGAUUUUAUGGGAAGCAGUGGAGUUUGCUUAAAAUAUAUGUUAAUUUUCCUUGACUAAACCUUGUAAAUGUAAACCUAAUGCAUAAAUUUAAAAAAAUUUUUGCUCCUCUGGUCAUUGUUAGUACCUCUUUUCUUUGCCCUAAUUUGCUCAAAUGUAUCCUUUUACUCAGUUCAAUUUAACAUAAAGCUAUUAGUAUUCACUAUGUACUAGACCCUAACAAAACCAUAUAAUAUAUUAAAAUUUUCAUUAUAUAAUGAUCUUUUAUCUUUAUUUCUAAAGUAAUUUGUAAAAGACACAUACAGAAACCACGUUGACUUUUCUUGUCACUCUCAGUUUUGUACCUUGAAAAAACACCAGAUUAGGAACUUAAGUUCUAGUCUUGGCCCCCUUGGGCAGGUUACUCUAAUUUUUCAAACUUCAGUUAUUCAGUCUUUUAAUAGUUCUCUCACCAUCCUCAGAACCUUCCAGCCCCACUUCACAGGGUCAUUAUGAGAACCAGAGAAUAAAAAGCAUCUAGGAAGUGUGGUAUGCACGGUGAGUAUACUUAUAAUUGCCAACAUUUCAUAUAAAAUUGACAGCAACCAGCAUAUUCAACCAAAGUUGAUUAUUAUCUGGACAGCUUUCAAAAUGUGUAAGUUUGAUUUAUCCCAUUUAAGCUAAUGUUAUUUCUAAGCCCCUUUUCUUAAUAUCUAGGUUUUUGAGAUUACAAAAUGAACAAGAAUAAUAAUAUGAUACAAACUGUUAGAAUCAAGGGUCAAAGGCUUAAGCCAAGUUGCUAAGAAGAGAAAUAAAAUCCUAUGGAACAAAAGUUGAGAUUUAUAACUAGUUUAGGAAUGUAGAAGCAUUGCUAAUUUAAACUGGCCAAGUUGAAUGUAAGAGACAGAUGAAAACAAGAAGAUAUGGUUAUUCAUUUAAUCAACAAGAACCCUUGUGCAAUGCUUCUUGCUGUGUGAAUAUAAACGCAUUGACAUAAGUGGUUAAAGGCAACCUAAACAGUAAACAAAAUUAGUGUCAGAGGGGACCCAAACUGAAUAAGGUGAGUCAAAAGAAUUAGCAUCCUGGACAACACAGACGAAUACUGAAACACUCCAGCAUUCAUUUCUCAUUCUGACUUUAAUCAGAUGUGUCCCAGGUGCUGUUCUACAGAGACAGGGAUGAAUAGAUCAGAUGAGGUCCCUGCUCUCUGGCAAUGCAUACUGCGUUAGGGGCAAUAAGCAGGAAAUCAAAUAGACAAUCAAAUCAACAGGCCAAGUGUAAUGAAGUCAGCAGAACAGGGUGGUGAUGCAAUGAAGCAUGCUGAGUUCCUGAGGCCCCUCUGCCUGGGCCUGGGGGUACUCCCAGAUCGUGGGUUUCUAGAGUGUGCGAACGGCACAAGUUGCAGUAAGACACAGCAAUCCCUGGAAGCCUUGGAGUAACACCAGGCCCAGGAACACACUAAGACCCUAUUGUGCACUCAGGGACACCCUGUUGGGAGCAGAAUCUCUAGAAAGGCUAAAAAUCAGAAUGACUGAUGAAAGCUUUGUUUUUAAGUUGUAAGAUGCUUUUAUUUCUGAUUUUAUAAUUUAAAAUAUAAAAUAUGUCUAGCAUUGAACUUGUUUGCUUUGAAACUUCAUCAUACUCUGGAUAGAAGCUUUAAUUCCAUUUUUAAAAAUGUGAUAAAUGUCCAUAUAGCAAACAUUGUUCAUGAUAUAUAAUGUUUAAAAUAAAGAGGUGUUCUGUUUUCCUUCAGAAA